GACAAGAAAAAAAAAAAAAAAGAACUGCGAAGUCAGUUACUUAACCUCGUACCGAUGUAGCUCAUGUUAUUACUUACAAAUGUUGGUGCGGAUGACUUGUCUUUGAUUUCUUCCAAAACUCUUCAAAUUUCAACAUCUGUUCCAGAAGGAACUUCCCUGGUUUGAAAUCUUGUAUCAGGCUCAAGUUUGCUAAUUUGGUGAUUUAGAAAAAAAAAUGAACCCAAAUUGGGAAGAAGCGUUGAAUCACCUGGAAAUGGUGAUUGAUAGUGGUCCUGAGGCCAUGCGUAUAAAAGCCAUAUUCAAAUUGGCUCAACUAUCAAAUCAUGCCCCGGUAUCUAUCUUGGGCAGUGCCGUGCCGAUUCUUGCUAAUCUUAUUGCUGAUCACAGUUCGAAUAAUUCAAGUCUUUAUCUUCAAGGAGUGGUUGUUUAUUGCUUAAAAUGUAUUGCUCGUCAGGGAGAUGGCAGAUUGGCCACUGAGAUAGGCCAAUCUGGUGCUUUGCUUUCGAUAUUGAGGUUGUUGCCAGAAUCCGGUGGUAGUUUUCAAAGAGUUGCUGUGAAAUGCCUUUGGUGUCUUGUAAAUUUGUGUGAUGAUAAUCGGGUCAUUGUUGCUAUGAAUGGUGGUUUGGAGAUUAUCGUUAACAUGUUAAAUUCAUCCAUGGGUAGUGUAAGGCGGUACUUGUUGGAGAUUUUGAGUGCAUUAUCAUUGUUGAGAGUGGUAAGGAGGGGACUUGUUGGCUUAGAUGGGCUUCGGUUUCUUGUCGAGGCAGCUAGUUUUGGUAACAUGCUAUCCAGGGAAAGAGCUUGCCAAGCAAUUGGGUUACUUGGAGUUACAAGGCGAGCUCGGCGUAUGCUUGUUGAUUUGGGUGUUAUACCUGUGCUUGUGGAGUUGCUUCGAGUUGGAGACAGUGGCACAAAACUUGUGGCAGGCAAUUCACUUGGAGUGAUUUCAGCUCAUAUUGAUUACAUUGGUCCGGUUGCUCAAGCUGGGGCUAUUCCAUUGUUUGCAGAGCUUAUUCAAGGACCUGAACCUCUUGGUCAGGAGGUUGCAGAGGAUGCAUUCUGUCUAUUAGCUGUUGCUGAAGCAAAUGCAGUUUCAAUAGCUGAACACUUGGUGAGAAUACUCAGGGAAGGCAAUGAUGAAGCAAAAGCUGCAGCGGCUAAUGUUUUCUGGGAUCUGUCAGGUUACAAGCACUCAGUAUCUGUUGUUAGAAACUCAGGUGCGAUUCCCCUUUUGGUUGAGCUUUUGGGGUCUCAGAGCAGUGAAGUAAGGGAAACUGUAUCAGGAGCUAUUGCUCAGUUGAGUUAUAAUGGGGCAGAUCAAGAGGCACUAAUUGAAUCGGGAGCUGUUCCUCUUCUCCUUGAAUUGUUAAAUGCUGAUUCAGAGGAGCUGAGGGAUAAUGCUGCAGAGGCUCUUAUCAAUUUCAACGAGGAUCCACUGCAGCAUGAGAGAAUAUCUCAAGUAGUUGACCAUCCUUCAUUCCGGAGUAUGCAAGACAGACUCACCAGAAUUCGUGCUUCGGAUAAUCAGACGGUUCGUUCUAUGAGACAGAUGACUAUUGAGCAGCUUGACAGGGAGGCAUGAUCUUGUCUAAUUGUCUGCUUUUUGUAUGGAUAUUAGAUUAAUCUCCUGCCUUCAUGGAUCUUGCAUUUUGAUAACAUUGUUCUAUAGUUUUUCGAAAUCAAGUCAAUAAACAAAGUACUAAACUGAAGUUGGCAUAUUUCUAGUCUUGCAAAACCAGUUAACAUCAAAGGCUUGAUCCAUCUCCAAUUAACAUCAGUCAAUCUUUUUCUUCACUGUUUAAAGCAGAACUUAAACACAAG